AUGAAUGCUGAAAGUGAGAAAGAAGUUUCGUAUGCCGAACUCUUCAAGGCUACAAACCUAAAGAGGGUUGUACUAUCUAUCUUUGCUCUUACGGGACAGCUUUGGGUUGGUGUCAGUUCUGUUUUAACCUACAUUUCAUAUUUCUUUGAACUUGCUGGAGUUUCAAGCAGCAUUGAGAAGACGGUUGGUAUGUUCACUCUUUGCGUCGGUGGUAACCUUGUUUCUUACUUUGUCAUUGAAAGAGUUGAUAGAAGAGUCCUCUACAUUGGUGGUGUUGCCCUUUGUACGAUCAUGAAUUUACUCAUUGCAUGCGUGUCAUAUGGAAGCUCGCAAGCUGCUGCCUAUACCACCGUUGUGUUUGUCUUUCUAUGGGCUUUUAUCUACGAAGCCACUGUUGGUCCAUUGACAUAUGCUUUGAUCACGGAGCUUCCACAGGGAAGAAUGCGUGCCAAAUCGGUGGCAAUUACUUCUAAUGUCAACAAAACUAGAGGAAGAACUGCUAACGAGAUUGAGCAGUUGUUCGUGAACAAAGUGGGUGCUUUGAAAUUCAAGAGGGCUAAGUUUGAUGAAGAUGAUAAAUUAAUUAUGUCAUCAGUGGGGAAAGAGGUCAGUCAGGCAUAG